GUGCACCCAGGGCCUGCCAACUGCCUCCUCACCUUCUAGCCUGCUGCGCUCCCACCAGCACCAUGAUUAGGAAGGCCCUCAUCCUCUCUACCUGGUUCGUCCUGGCUGUGACGUUCCCUGCAGUACCCCCAUACGCAGACAUUUUAAAUUACUUGGAGUCACAGGCCGAACUAAAGCCACCUGCUGCCCCAGAGUCAACAGCUGCCCUAGACCUCACUGAUGAUGUAGACACGACCACUGCCCUAGACCUCACUGAUGAUGUAGACACGACCACUGCCCUAGACCUCACUGAUGAUGUAGACACAACCACUGCCCUAGACCUCACUGAUGAUGUAGACACAACCACUGCCCUAGACCUCACUGAUGAUGUAGACACAACCACUGCCCUAGACCUCGCUGGCAAUGCAGAGUCAACCACUGCCCUAGACUUCAUUCAUGAUGUAGAGUCGACCACCUACAUUUAUUUGGAGAAUAUGCAGACUUUUGAAUUGUCAACUGAUGUGGAAUCAAACACCCCCAGCUUUGUGGAAGAAGCCACUGAUGAAGCCAUGGCAAAUGUCACUGGUGAUUAUUCGGAAGAGCCCGUGACCGGAGGACCAGAAAAUGAAGCAGAUUAUCCAUUGGCUGUGACCUCUACUCUGCUAACCACAACUUUCCGAGAAGAUUCUGAGCUUCUGAACAAGCCUACCAUUCCAUUAUAGGAGUUUGAAUAAUUAUAAAAGACUACUGAGACAUAGGGUGUGCCCAGCUGAGGACGAACAGAGUGGAGAGAAUUGUCCGCAGGCAGAGGAGGCACAUUUCUUGAUCAUGUCCCC